GGUCUGCUCGGCAGGAGGCCGCCAACCGGGACAAGGAGACAGCCGAGGGCAAGACGGACCGCGCCGGCGUCCAGAAGGAGCUCGACGCCGUGCAGGCCGUCCUCAAGAGCCUCCACUCGCAGUGCGACGAGGCGGUCACUCCCUACGAGGAGAGCUCAAGCGUCGCCGGGAGGCGGAGAUC